AUGAAGGCGACCAUGCAAGAGGCGCUGCUGGCGAUCCUCCGCGGCCUCCGCAAUGGCUCGUUCUACGGCACCAAGGUGCGCGCCCCGCAUGCGUUGGUGAUGAUCUUCCUGUUCCAGAAAGGCUCCAUUCGCCAGAAGCUCCGCGGCAUCGUGCGUCUCACUUUUGAGCACAGCAAAAACCUCGCGCUAUUCGUGGGUGUCUACAAAGCAGUACUUGCUGUGUUGCGUGCGCAUCAAGAGCACGCGCUGGGACGCCACGUGAGUACAGGUGUGGGCAAACCGGGCGCGCACUGGCACGCGGCCGUAGCCGGCGGCAUCGGCGGCUAUUUAGUAUGGGGCCGCUACUCUAGUGUGAAUUUUCAAAUUAUCAUGUAUUUGAUGUCGCGGGUUCUCAUCAGCGCCGUACGCUUGCUGGCGGCCAAGGGAUACCAGCCGUUCGCACAGCACCGCUUCAAACAUGUAUAUCCGCUGCUGGCCACCGUGGUCUGGGCGAGCGUCAUGUGGCUCUACGAGAACGAGCCACACACGUUGCACCCGUCCCUGCUCAAGAGUAUGCAGUUCCUAUACGACGAGUCUUGCCGCUGGAAGGAUGGUUUGGUGGAAUUCCUUCCGUCGCCGGCCACGACCGCCGUCUUCUUGCUGACAUGGCUGCAAUUUUAA